AUGAAGUUCACCGAGGGGAUGUGGCGCCUGCGCGAAGGCAUUCGAAUUGAUUGGAUGAACAAUGUCGAGAGACUGCACGUUAAUAAUGAGAAAGUCGAUUUAUUAUUAAAUAAAUUCCAGCGGCAUCGUGGUGACACCCUUAAUUCAGCAACCGUCACUGCAAGCGUAACGUCUCCUUUGGAAGGCAUUAUCGGCGUCAAACUUGUUCAUUGGGCAGGACAAGUCGAUAACGGCCCUCACUAUCAGUUGAGUUCGUCAACUGGCCAUACCAAGAUUGACCACGAGAAGAACGUGAAGCUGAACUAUGGCAGUGGCCCCUUGAACUUGGCCAUCAAUACAGCACCCAACGAAUUAGAUUUCGUGUUCUCUGGAGCUAAAGGGAAGCUCACUGGUCACUCCUGGAGAUCCAUCGGUUAUGUUGGCGAUCAAACUACAGAGAAGUCUCGUUGGGACGAUGGGAUCUUCUUUGAGCGUCAAGGACACAUGCUUGCCGCAUUAGAUCUCGGGGUUGGCGAGAAACUAUAUGGCCUUGGAGAGAGGUUCGGUCCAUUCGUCAAGAACGGACAAAGUGUCGACAUUUGGAACGAAGAUGGAGGUACAUCGUCUGAAUUGACAUACAAGAACAUCCCAUUCUACAUUAGCUCCAAGGGGUACGGCGUCUUUGUGAACAACCCUGGCAAAGUCAGCCUGGAGCUGCAGUCAGAGCGAACUACCCGAGUCAAUAUCUCGAUUGCCGGUGAAGAGUUGGAGUACUUUGUGGUUUAUGGAAACACUCCCAAGGAGAUCAUCAGACGGUAUACGGCUUUGACCGGACGUCCUAGUUUAGUUCCCUCCUGGAGUUACAAUUUGUGGCUUACUACCAGCUUCACCACAAACUACGACGAGCAAACCGUCACCGGCUUUCUCGAUGGCUUCAGGGACCGGGAUAUCCCAUUGGGCGUUUUCCACUUCGAUUGUUUCUGGAUGAAGUCCUAUCAAUGGUGCGAUUUUGAGUUCGACUCUGAUAUGUUCCCUGACGCCGGAGGCUACCUUCAGCGACUCAAGGAGCGCGAUCUCCGGAUCAGUGUAUGGAUCAACCCAUACGUUGGACAGGCAUCGCCAUUGUUUGAGGAGGGCAAAAAGAAUGGUUACUUCAUCAGGCGUACCGACGGCUCGGUCUGGCAAUGGGACUACUGGCAAGCGGGUAUGGCCGUUGUAGAUUUCACAAACCCUGCCGCCUGCACAUGGUUCUCAAACCACCUUAAACGUCUCAUGGACAUGGGCGUCGACUCGUUCAAAACCGACUUCGCCGAACGUAUCCCCUACAGAAAUGUCCAGUAUCACGACGGAUCCGACCCAACCCGCAUGCACAACUACUACACCCUCCUCUUUAACAAAGUCCCUCCUCUUCGCUCGCAGCACCAGCCUGGCGGCCAAAUCUACCCCGUCCACUGGGGUGGCGACUGCGAAAGCACAUACGAAGCCAUGGCCGAGUCCCUCCGUGGUGGUCUCAGUCUCAUGCUCUCAGGCUACAUCUUCUGGGCCUCAGACAUUGGUGGCUUCGAGGGCACCCCGCCACCAGCCCUCUACAAACGCUGGGUCCAAUUCGGACUCCUCUCCUCACACUCCCGCCUCCACGGAUCCUCCUCCUUCCGAGUUCCCUGGAUUUACGGUGAAGAUUGCUCGGACGUCCUCCGUGACUGCGUCAAACGCAAGAUCCUCCUCACCCCUUACCUCCUCGCCGAAGCCCUCACAGGCCAUGACCAGGGUACCCCGCUCAUGAGACCCAUGUUUCUCGAGUUCCCGGAUGAUCUCAAUACCUACCCUCUCGAUACACAGUACAUGUUCGGCAGUAACCUGCUCAUUGCUCCCGUUUUCACGGACGAGGGUACCGUCACCUUCUAUGUGCCUCGGACUCCCCAGGAUUCUCAAGGAAAGUGGAUCUCAUGGUUCGAUCACAGCAAGACCUACGAGCCGGGACAGUGGUACACAGAAACGCAUGGAUUCGAUACUCUUCCGAUCCUCAUUAGGCCGGGCUCGGUCACUCCGAUUAACCCGAAACUGAAGGCGCCGCAGGACGAUGCGCUGGAUGGCCUCGAGGUGCUGGUUAAUGGAUCGCUGUCGGACGAAGUGGCGGUCCAGGUCGUCGAUCCACGCAAGACUCAUGAGGUGUUGAAGACUGUGAAGCUUGCCCUGAAAGGCGAUGAGGUAGUUGCCGAUGAUGCCGGAGUGAAGCUGGUUCGGGUUAGACAUUAG